AUGUCCCACAAUCUACUUGAUCCCAAGGCGCUGCUGAACCCGCGUCAGCGGUCGCCGAGCGAAUCGUACACUAUAUCCUCUGUUGAACCCUCAUCUUCUACAAGCGGGACUCUUGCCGCACCUAGUCUCGUCGAGGCCGACCUAAAGCAGCUUGAUGCUCUUAGGCCGGACCCUGGCACAGAAGCCGACUUUGUAGUCGCCGACAAUCCUUUCGAUUACAGUCCCGGUCAGCUGAACAAGCUGGUCAAUCCCAAAUCUCUAGAUGCGCUCAGGGCUCUAGGUGGCCUCGAGGGGCUUGCCCGCGGCCUCCACGUUGACAUCGGCGCUGGCCUAGGCGUGGAUGAGGUUGGGAACCAGGUCGCUUCAAACAUGAAGGACCCAUCCGCUGCCAGGAUUCGCGUGUAUGGGCGCAACCAACUCCCACCGAAGAAGCCCAAGUCAAUUUGGAGACUGGCUUGGAUCACCUUCCAGGAGCCGGUUCUCAUCUUGUUGACGGUGGCCGGUACCAUUUCUCUCGCGCUUGGUCUCUACGAGUCCUUUGGUGUCCCCAAAGAACCUGGUGCCUCCGCACCCGUCGAUUGGGUCGAAGGUGUCGCCAUUCUCGCUGCUGUUGUUAUUGUUGUAGUAGUCGCAUCGCACAAUGAUUGGCAAAAGGAAAAGGCUUUUGUCAAACUCAACACCAAAAAAAAUGAUAGGGACGUCAAGGUGCUCCGGUCCGGCAAGUCUAUGCUCGUCAACAUCAACGAUAUCCUUGUCGGAGAUGUUCUAUACCUUGAACCGGGUGACCUGGUGCCUGUUGAUGGCAUCUUCAUCGAUGGGCAUAACGUCAAGUGCGAUGAAUCAUCCGUGACCGGGGAAUCGGACGCGCUGAGGAAGACUGCCGCCGCAAAGGUCUUUGAAGCGGACUCAGGGAGCGCGAAGGAGUUGGACCCUUUCAUCAUCUCCGGCUCUAGGGUUAUUGAAGGUAUUGGAACGUUCCUCUGUACCUCGGUCGGUGUACACAGCAGCUUUGGCAAGAUCAUGAUGUCGGUCCGGACAGAUAUCGAGUCGACGCCCCUACAGAAGAAGUUGGAAGGCCUAGCCGUAGCUAUUGCAAAGCUCGGUGGUGGUGCUUCUCUGCUCAUGUUCUUCAUUCUGCUCUUCCGCUUCUGUGCUUCCCUCCCAGGGGAUAGCAGGCCGCCGGAGCAGAAGGCGUCCACGUUUGUCGAGCUCCUGGUAGUGGCUAUUGCUAUUAUUGCCGUUGCUGUGCCCGAGGGUCUUCCACUUGCGGUGACUCUUGCGCUUGCCUUUGCCACAAAGCGUCUUCUCAAGGAGAAUAACCUUGUAAGAGUGCUCAGGGCGUGUGAGACUAUGGGCAACGCCACUUGCAUCUGUUCAGAUAAGACGGGAACUUUGACUACGAACAAAAUGACGGUUGUCGCCGGCUUCUUUUGUGCUUCCAACUUCACGUCCGAUGUCUCGUCAUGGGCCGCGUCCCUAGCCCUGGACGUCAAAAAGCUUAUCACUCAAUCGGUCACCGUUAACUCCACCGCAUUCGAAGGUGUGCAGCUUGGCACCGAAACCUUUAUGGGCUCCAAGACGGAAACUGCACUACUGCAGCUCGCCAAAGACCAUCUUGGAAUGCAGUCCCUAUCAGAGGCCCGGGCGAACGAGCAGGUCGUCCACAUGGUGCCCUUUGACUCCGCGAAGAAGUACAUGGCCGUCGUCAUCAAGGUGCCAUCGGGCUACAGGCUACUCGUCAAGGGUGCUUCCGAGAUCGUCCUCGGCUUCUGCUCCACCCAGGUGAAUGCAUUGACGGGUGGCAUUGAACCCAUGGACCGCAAAGCCGCAGAGGAUGCUAUCACUGCGUAUGCGCGCAAGUCUCUCCGCACCAUUGGUCUCGUGUAUAAGGACUAUGAGCAGGCCCCUGACAUUGAGUCCUUGAGCGACCUGACACUCCUUGGUGUCGUUGGUAUUCAAGAUCCGGUUCGCCCUGGUGUUCCUGACGCCGUGCAAAAUGCUGUUCGUGCUGGUGUUACCACACGAAUGGUAACGGGAGACAACAUAAUCACUGCCCGGGCCAUUGCCGCGGAGUGCGGCAUCUUCACCGAUGGUAUCGUCAUGGAAGGACCCGAGUUCCGCCGUAUGUCUGAGGAGGAGCGUGACAAGAUCAUCCCUCGGCUGCAGGUUCUUGCUCGUUCGUCCCCUGAGGAUAAGCGUAUUCUAGUUACCCGUCUCAAGGCCCUUGGGGAAACCGUGGCUGUGACUGGUGACGGCACUAAUGAUGCACCAGCCCUCAAGGCUGCUGAUGUUGGUUUCUCUAUGGGUAUUUCAGGCACUGAGGUUGCUAAAGAGGCGUCUGAGAUUAUCCUUAUGGAUGAUAACUUUACCUCGAUUAUUACUGCGCUUAAAUGGGGGCGGGCCGUCAAUGAUGCAGUGCAGAAAUUCCUUCAGUUCCAAAUUACCGUCAACAUUACUGCGGUUAUUCUGUCAUUUGUCACGUCCAUGUACGACGACGCCAUGGAGCCUGUACUCAAGGCUAUACAACUACUCUGGAUCAAUUUGAUCAUGGAUACAAUGGCUGCCCUGGCCCUGGCCACAGACCCUCCUACGGACGCCAUUCUCGAUAGGCAGCCUCAGCCCAAGUCAGCGCCGCUUAUCACCAUCAAUAUGUGGAAAAUGAUUAUCGGUCAAUCAAUCUUCCAGCUUGUUGUUAUUCUGAUCCUUUACUUUAUAGGCGGCGAUAUCCUCAACUAUAACACCAGCAUCACUGAUGAAAGGCUCCAGCUUGAUACUAUCAUCUUUAACGUCUUUGUCUGGAUGCAGAUUUUCAAUGAGCUAAAUUGCCGUCGACUGGAUAACAAGUUUAAUGUUUUUACAGGCGUACACCGUAAUUGGUUCUUUAUCUUUAUUAACCUCAUCAUGGUCGGCCUACAGAUUGCCAUCAUCUUUGUCGGUGGCCGGGUCUUUGAUAUUCACCCUAAUGGUCUCGAUGGUACUCAGUGGGCUAUUUCCAUUCUGAUCGCGGGAUUCAGUUUACCGUGGGGUAUUAUCGUCCGAAUUUUCCCUGACAAGUGGUUUGCGGAAGCUGUCCACUUUGUGGCACCACCUUUUGUCUUUGCGUAUGGGCUCAUGGCCAAGGGGUUCCGCAAAUUCGGCACGCUUUUCAAGAGGUCUAGUAAAUCGGAACCGAAGAAGCGGGUUGAUUCUGAAAAGGUGCAAAUAAGAUGGAGGAGAGCAGGACUGGGGUGCUUGUAG